AUAUAUGCCUCCUUGGCAGAAGUGGAGUAUCUGCGCUUGGAUGAUGUGACUCGUGAGUUCCGGAGCCCUAGUGUCAUGGAUGUGAAGAUAGGUGCCCAAACAUACGACCCAUUGGCAGAGCCAGAGAAGGUCGCCCUUGAAGAGGCAAAGUACCCAUGGAGUCGGCAGCUUGGUUUUCGUAUUCUUGGCAUGCGGGUUUUUGACAAAUGUGAGCAGAAAUAUCACAUUUACGGAAAAGAUUAUGGCCUCAAGCAAACACCUGACACUAUACUGGAAGGUGUGUUUUGUUUGUCUUCAGAAUGGUUGCAUAUGGAAAAACAAUGUGUGAAAGACAAGAGGCCUGUGAGUGGUUGGCCCGUUAUUUAUAUGCUGUACGUUGAAACAUUACAAGAUCUAGUGAACUGGUGUGAAGGAAAUUUAAAAACUUCUUAUAUGAACGCUAAAGGCAAAUACUAA